UGCCCACGUUCGGCUGAAAGCAAGUUCAGUGUAAGCGGAGACGUGGAUCGUCACGACCCUGGAACUGACGACGUAUUCGAACAGCCUAGAAUUUUCUAUAAGAAGGUCUUGAAUGAACAAGAGCGCACACGCAUGAUUGAAAACAUCUUCGACACGAUGAAAGAUUGUAAGUCGUACAUCCAGGACCGUGCCAUCCAGAAUUUCGGAAAGGUCGAUGCUGAACUUGGAAACAGAAUAAGAAAGCUGGUGGACACUUACAACUCUAAGAAACAAGCUCGACCACAUAUCUAA